CUUUUCUCACUCACACACACAUUCAAAGACACUCGGCUGGGGCGAACUCCAAGGCUCCACUUCAAGUUGUGGAUGCUAUUAGCCUAUAUCUUUAUAUUCACUUUUUUUCCAUUUAGAAUAAAAGAGUACAAUUCGAAAAUGAUUAUUUACAAAAUAAUAUAUAUUUAAACGUAAUGAUUUUCUAACUGAAACCCAUGGAGUGUGCAUUUUUUGUAGUAUAACCCGUCGCUCAGAUGGACCUCCGAGGCGCGAAGAGACGGCUUGGGGGGAUAUGGCAGGUGACAUGCCUAGCUCUCGUCGUAUGUGUCCUGGAUUUAGCUUGGGCUCAGAUUCGUUAUUCAAUCCCUGAGGAACUGGAACAUGGCGCUUUUGUUGGAAACAUAGCCGAGGACUUGGGUUUAGACGUCGAGAGACUCUCUGCGCGCAGGUUCAGGAUAGUUUCAGGCGCAAAAAAGCAAUACUUGGAGGUGAAUUUAGAAAAUGGUAUUUUAUUUGUAAACGAAAUAAUUGAUCGAGAGGAACUAUGUGAACAGAGUCUGUCUUGCUCUUUCCAUUUGCAAGUGGUAAUCGAAAACCCAUUGGAACUGUACAGGGUUGAGGUGGAGAUUUUAGAUGUGAACGAUAACUCACCCAGUUUUCCGUGGAGUGAGUUUAAUUUGGAUAUAUCCGAGUCGGCGGUACCCGGGUCCCGCUUCCCACUAGAGAGCGCGCAGGACUUGGACGUUGGAAGCAACUCGCUCCGCUCUUAUCUGCUGAGUGUGAAUGAACAUUUUGUCCUGGACAUCCAGACGCGUAGUGAUGGCAGUAAGUUUGCGGAGUUGGUCCUGGAGAGCCCCUUGGACAGAGAGCAGCAGAAUACGCACCAGGUGGUGCUGACGGCCGUGGAUGGAGGCUCGCCCGAGAGAUCUGGGACAGCGCAAAUCAAUAUAACAGUUCUGGAUGCAAAUGACAACGCGCCCGUGUUCGACCAGUCUUUCUACAGAGUGAGGCUUGUGGAAAACGCACCGAAGGGCACCGUUGUGAUAAAACUAAACGCAUCGGAUUUGGAUGAGGGUCCUAAUGCGGAUAUCACAUACUCUUUCAGCGGGCAUGCUCCCAUAAAAGUGCGCGAGCUUUUCAGUGUGGAUUCGCGCACUGGAGAGAUCAGAGUGAAAGGUGUCGUAGAUUAUGAAAAGGCCAGGAUGCAUGAGAUAUAUGUGCAAGCCAAGGACAGGGGCCCGUCGGCAGUGGCCGUGCACUGUAAAGUUCUAGUCAAUAUCUUAGAUGUGAAUGACAACCUCCCGGAGGUGAUCUUGACAUCAGUGUCCACACCUGUCCAAGAGGACGCACCACCGGGGACUGUGAUAGCUGUCAUCAGCGUCAUGGACAAAGACUCGGGUGAAAAUGGAAAUGUUGACUGUGAAAUUCCACAUCAUGUCCCCUUCCAGCUCCACUCAUCUUUUAAGAACUAUUACACUUUGGUUACUUGUGAUUUUUUGGACAGAGAGACGGUGCCAGAGUACAACAUCACUCUCACAGCAAGAGAUAUGGGCGCACCUCCCUUGUUCACAAGGAAAACUAUUUUGGUUCAAGUGUCAGACAUGAACGACAACACACCCCGAUUCAAGCAGCCAUCAUACACCGUCUAUUUGACAGAGAAUAACGCACCAGGAGCCUCAAUUUGCUCGGUUACUGCCCUGGAUCCAGAUUCAGACCAAAAUGCCUAUCUCUCUUACUCUAUUCUGGAAGGUGAUAUACAUGGGAUGUCCGUGUCCACCUACGUCUCCAUAAACUCAGACAACGGGAAUAUUUACGCAUUGCGUUCUUUUGACCAUGAGCAGCUAAGAAACUUUCAGAUUUUAGUCCAAGCACAAGAUGCCGGGUUUCCACCCCUAAGAACCAAUGUUACCGUAAAUGUCUUUAUUUUAGACCAAAAUGACAAUGCACCAGUCAUAGUAGCACCUCUACCCCAAAACGGCACCGCGGCGACUGAAGUGGUGCCCAGGUCAGUUGAUGCUGGCUAUCUUGUGGCAAAAAUCACUGCGAUGGACGCAGACGCAGGUCAAAACUCGCGUCUGUUCUACCAGGUGCUCCAGGCAAACGACCCGAGCCUGUUUAGCGUCGCUCUGUACACGGGCGAAAUCAGGACGAUUCGCCGAUUUGUGGAAAAAGACCCCAUAAGGCAAAUGCUGGUCAUUCUGGUCAAGGACAACGGUCAGCCACCCCUUUCGGCCACAGUUUCCAUCAUCCUGUCAGUUGUUGACAACGUGCCAGAAUCGCUGCCUGAUUUCGGCGACCUCACACUGAGCCCCCAGUACCGCUCGAACCUCACGCUGUACUUAAUAGUGUCUCUGGGCGUUAUCUCGUUCACGUUUCUGGUGGCUAUUAUCGUCCUGGCAGCGAUAAAGGGAUACAGGGACAGACAUUCCAUUCGGAGGUAUAACUUCUCUCUGAGUGCAUGCUGCGGGUUCCGAUCAGAGGAAUCUACCACUGAUGUGUUCAAGAAGUCCAACUUGAACGUGCAGAUAACCACAGGCACCAAAGGAUCCACGAACUGCGUUGAGGCAAAUGGCAAAGGCCCCCUUUCUCAGCCAUACUGCUACAAGAUGUGUCUGACCCCGGAAUCAUCCAAGAGCGAUUUCAUGUUCCUAAAGUCAUGCAGUCCGAUGAAUGCGACUCCACAGAAGAAUAAUGCCAAGGGCGCAGACUACCCCAAAUCGGGUUGGAGCGCACAGGACUCCCGCAGCCUGAUAGUGAACAACGGAGCAACUAUUCCGAACGAGCUCAAGCAAGCGAACAUGGACUGGACAUUGACGAAAAAUCGACGAAAUUCAGCACACAAAAGCUUUAGCACCAUGGAGAGGACCUUCCCACGUAGACCCAGGCCGGACCCUGAUGGCUUCUCCUGCCCGGUGGCACCGCAGUACUAUACCUGGGGUAGUCAUAUGCGUGCAGAAUACAAGAUGUCCUCCCAGGUCGAAGGGAUUGGAGGGGUUGGAAGUGUAGGAAGGGUUCCAAACCGUUCGUGGACUCCGAGCUACACCCAGCCUCCAUCUGCACAGCCACCACCUGACUACCAGCACAACGUCUACAUCCCUGGCACACCGUCUGGGUACUGCACUCUGAAGCCUGCACCCAGGGGGGAACUGGAUGUCUACAACUCAUUCUCUACGUUUGGAAAGAAUAAGAGGUUCACCUCUAGCUAUGACCCGAGCUUUGACCAGAGAGGGGACAACCUGAUAAACAAGGACUUUUUUAAAUGAAUAUAUUAGAAGACACUGUGCGUACAAUUUAAUACACACUUCCGUGGAUGUUCGUUAACUAUUAAUAUAAUCAACCCAUAUAGUUUAAACCUCUGUGCACAAGGAAAAUUAAAAUAGUUUAGUAUAAUUGAAUCCAUGCUUCGAACACAUAACUUAAUACUUUACAGCAUAUUAUUUUCUCUCAAUACAGCAGUGUCAUAAUUCUCUCUUUUCAUUUGUAUCAUGUACAGUCCUGGUUGAUAAUGAUGAUGAGAUUGUGCAGAUAUAAGGGAAAUUAUAGUCACUUGUGGGGAUAAUGAGGAAAUGAUCUGUUCCCAGCAGUUAUGGCAAAUUCUCCAAAUGCCUUGAGGGUUGCGUUGUGAAGAUUGUGCACGGCAUUCUGUUAGGCAGUAAUUUACAAGCAUGUAUAUCAUAUUGUUGUACUUUAUACCUUCAUGUUUGACCCGCUUGGCUUCUUAAACGUGUUUAUAUGUAUAAAAUCGGAUUUUACUGCUGA